GAUGAUUUUCCGUGCAACUUCAUCCUGAAUAAUUUCUGUCCGAGUGAUUAUGAGCGCCCUAAAGGCAUCAGUGAAAGCCUCAUCCUGAGGUCAAGCGGCAUGUGACUGGGCUCAGCGAGGAAGGAGGGGUCUCUCUAGGAAGGACAUUUAAGGCCCGAAAGCGUGACGGAUUGCAUUUCAGGCCUUUUGCAAUGUGGCGUGUGGCUGCCGUAGUGUUCACGCUCUUUUGGGCGCCCGGGCUCCAGCAGUUCCCGCGCCCGUGCGCCACCCGCCAGGCCCUGCUGGCCAAGGAGUGCUGCCCACCUUGGGACGGGGACGGCUCGGCGUGCGGGGCCCAGUCCGGUCGGGGUUUCUGCCAGGAUGUGGUGGUAGCGGACACCCCGGACGGGACUCAGUACCCUUUCAGAGGGGUGGACGACCGGGAGAGGUGGCCCCUGGUGUUCUACAACCGAACCUGCCAGUGCUUGGGCAACUUCAUGGGGUUCAGCUGUGCCGACUGCAAGUUCGGCUACUUCGGGGAGAACUGCCUCGAAAGAAGGGAGUCCCUCAGGAGGAACGUGUUCCACUUGACCCGAGCCGAGAGAACCCAGCUGGUGUCCUACCUGAACCUGGCCAAGCAGACGCCCAGCAGAGACUACGUGGUCGCCACGGCAACCUACCGGGAGAUGGAGAACGGCUCCAACCCCACCUUCGCCAACGUGUCAAUCUACGACAUCUUUGUGUGGAUGCACUACUACGUGUCCCGCGACGUGCUGCUCGGCGGGCCGGGAAACGUGUGGGCUGACGUGGACUUUGCCCACUGGGCGCCCGGCUUCUUGCCGUGGCACCGUGUCUACCUGCUGCACUGGGAGCGUGAGAUUAGGAAGAUAACCGGGGACAACAGCUUCACCAUCCCUUACUGGGACUGGAGGGACGCAGAGGGAUGCGACGUCUGCACGGACCAGUUUAUGGGGGGGCAGGACACUCGGGACCCAACUCUGCUUAGUCCUGGCUCAGUUUUUUCUUCCUGGAGGUCACUGUGCUCCCAAGCGCAAGACUACAAUGCCCGUGGCGUUUUGUGCGACGCCCGAGCGGAAGGCCCUCUGCGCCGUAACCCCGGCAACCACGAUCGCAAGCGGGUACCGCGUCUGCCCACCUCCGCCGAGGUCGCCUUCACCCUCAGUUUGGCCAAUUACGACACGGGCACCAUGGACCGCACCGCCAACAUGAGCUUUCGGAACACCAUGGAAGGAUUUGGGGACCCCCAGACGGGCUUGGGGAGCAGCAUUCAAAUGGGCAUGCACGCAGCUCUGCAUAUCUUCAUGAAUGGAUCCAUGUCCUCUGUGCAGGGCUCAGCCAAUGACCCCGUUUUCCUCCUGCACCAUUGCUUUGUGGACAGUCUUUAUGAAGAGUGGCUCAGGAGGCACGGGCCCGACCCCACCCAGUACCCAACUUCUAACGCCCCCAUUGGACACAACGGCGAAUACCACAUGGUUCCCUUCCUGCCCCUGCACACCAACAGAGAAUACUUCAUAACCAGCAAAGAGCUGGGGUACGAGUACUCGCGCCUGCUGAGUGGCAACGCACUUCUAUCAGAGUCCUUGCGUCCCUACGUGGAGGAUUUACAUGCCAUGUGGCCGUGGCUGCUGCUCGCCAGCCUCUGCGGCGCGGUCCUGACCGUCGCUGUCAUCCACAUCAAGCGCCAUGUCCCGGUGCGACCUUGGUUCCGCAAAAGUGUAUUUCCGGUCUCAGCCUUUCCGGAACGACAGCCUCUUAUCAAGAGAGAUGAAGAGAACAAAACUCGUGGCUACACAGAGGCCAUGUGAUGACAAGUCAUUAGGUAGACAUGCACUCGUUCCUCAAUCAAUAAAAAACGUUCUUUUCUUCAAAUGUUUAUUUAAAUGUAUCUGCAAACAAUAUUGUAGCACAACUUGGUCUUAACACUCUGUCAGUGUUAAUGAUACAGUACUUGAGAAUCCACAAGUAUUAUAGCACUUUGUCAUUGAAAACUGCUUUUUCUUGUCUUUAUCGCCACCAGGAGGACAGAGAGACAAUUACAUGAGUAAAAGCAAUUGAAUUUCAGCCCAAGCCUCCAGGUGCAAAUAACUUCUGUUCCUUUAACACUUUCUGUCACUUUAAAUAUUCUUGAAUCAGUGCUGAUGAGUGGAAACGUGGUCAGCCAGCAUUAUGACAUUACACUUUUUUUACUUUCAGAAAUACAGUACUAAAAUAUUCCAGCUGUGAUAAAAAGGAGAGGUUUUGGUGGAAGUCUUAAUUUUAAGAUACAUUUUACAAGGGCUGUUAUGGUCAUUCAAAGAUUUGGCA